GCUCAGGCAGCGCAGUCAGAGUCGCGGAUCACCGUGGUUGGAAGGCACAAGAGAAUCGUCAGGAAAGCUGUCAAGAAGCCACAUCGCGCCAGCAUCAUUGACCUCGCUGUAUCAACACCAGACAACUCCGAGUUCGCUAUAAAUAUGUCUACUACCGUCUGCUGUCAAAUAAAUCAGGUUAUAAUGUGCGAUCGUCACAGAAAAAACUCCGCUCUAUAGCCCACGUGAUCCUGAGGACUUGAUUACAGUGGCUUUAAGCCUGAUAGUUUGAGCUGGUGCAGCUGCUGCCUGGUAUCACACUGCUUGUCUACUGGCAUUGCUUCUGCCUUCCCCUGUGCAAAGGAAAACUUGGACUCCAGAUCUACUCUGCCACGUGCCUUCCCGUUCGCCUCCACUCUCACCAAUAUCGCUCCCUCAAGUGACACUUAUUAGGCUCAACAAGUACAAAUACGACAAAAUGAUUCCCAACGGAUAUUUGAUGUUCGAAGAUGAAAGCUUCCUUGAUUCCACUGUGGCCAAGAUGAAUGCAUUGCGCAAGAGUGGCCAGUUCUGUGAUGUGAGACUUCAGGUCUGCGGGCAUGAGCUCAUGGCCCACCGAGCCGUCCUGGCCUGCUGCAGCCCCUACCUUUUUGAGAUCUUCAACAGCGACACGGACCCCCACGGAGUCUCCCACGUCAAGUUCGAGGACUUGGACCCGGAGGCCGUGGAGAUCCUGCUCAACUACGCCUACACGGCUCAGCUGAAGGCGGAUAAAGAACUAGUGAGAGAGGUCUAUUCUGCUGCCAAAAGGCUCAAGAUGGAAAGGGUUAAACAGAUCUGUGGCGACUACCUUCUGUCGAAGAUGGACUGCCAGAGCGCCAUCUCCUUCCGCAGCUUCGCCAGCUGCAUGGGGGACGGGCGGCUCCUGGGGAAGAUCGACUCGUACAUCCAGGAACACCUGCUGGAGAUCUCCGACCAGGAGGACUUUCUCAAACUCCCACGACUGAAGUUAGAAGUCAUGCUAGAAGACAACCUGAGCCUGCCAAGCAAUGGCAAGCUCUACUCCAAAGUGAUGAGCUGGGUGCAGCGCAGCCUGUGGGACAACGGGGAGCAUCUGGAGAGACUGAUGGAGGAGGUGCAAACGCUGUACUACUCAGCGGACCACAAGCUGCUCGAUGGGAGUCUGCUUGAGGGACAGACUGAGGUGUUUGGCACUGAGGAUGACCACAUCCAGUUUGUGCAGAAGAGGCCCAUGCGCGAGAACAUCCACAGGCAGAUGAGCAGCAGCUCCUCUGGAAGCCUCUCGCCCAGCUCUGGCAUGCAGCACAGCAAGCUUGAAUGGAAGUACAUUGCAUCCGAGAAGACCACCAACAACACCUACCUGUGCCUGGCAGUGCUGAAUGGCGUCCUGUGCGUCAUCUUCCUGCACGGCCGCAACAGCCCCCAGAGCUCCCCCACCUCCACCCCCUGCAUGCCGAAGAGCAUGAGCUUUGAAGUGGCGCCUGAAGAGCUGGAGGAGAAGAUCCUCUCCCCCAUGCACUACGCCCGCUCCGGCCUGGGCACCGCCCAGCUGGACGGCAGGCUGAUCGCCGCAGGAGGCUACAACAGGGAGGAGUGCCUACGGACUGUGGAAUGCUACGACCCGAAGCGGGACUGCUGGACUUUCAUCGCCCCGAUGCGGACUCCGCGGGCUCGCUUUCAGAUGGCUGUGCUGAUGGGUCAGCUGUACGUCAUGGGAGGCUCCAACGGCCAGUCGGACGAGCUGAGCUGCGGGGAAACCUACGACCCGCGGGCGGACGAGUGGACCCAGGUGCCGGAGCUUCGGACCAACCGCUGCAACGCAGGCGUCUGCGCUCUCAACAACAAGCUGUUUGUGGUGGGAGGGGCCGACCCGUGCGGACAGAAGGGCCUGAAGAACUGCGACGCCUUCGACCCCGUCGCCAAAACCUGGACCAACUGCGCCCCCCUCAACAUCCGGAGGCACCAGGCGGCGGUGUGUGAGCUGGACGGCUUCAUGUACGUGAUCGGAGGGGCCGAGUCCUGGAACUGCCUGAACACUGUGGAGCGCUACAACCCCGACAACAACACCUGGACCCUCGUCGCACCGAUGAACGUGGCCAGGCGAGGGGCAGCGGUGGCCGUGUACGAAGGGAAGCUGUUCGUGGUGGGCGGGUUUGACGGUUCCCACGCUCUUCGCUGCGUGGAGGUGUACGACCCGGCCAAGAACGAGUGGAGGAUGCUGGGCAGCAUGACGGCGGCCCGCAGCAACGCGGGCGUGGCCGUGCUGGGAAACAUAAUCUGCGCGGUGGGAGGCUUCGACGGAAACAACUUCCUCAACACCAUGGAGACCUACGACCCGGACACCAACGAGUGGAGUCCCUGCGUGGAAGCCUUCGCUGCUUUCUGAACAAGCGGAGCACCUUUCUCAAACUAACAGGCUUAGUGAUGUCAUUGUGUUUAGUGAAGUCCUUACAUGUGAGCUAGGGGGUGGGGAGGGAGAGGGGGAAUAUUUGGUGGGUGGGAACCUUAAGCGGGGUUGCUGAAAGCAACAUAAAGCCUUUGCAUAUUGCAUAAAAUAUUACGUGCUGUAAAUAUUGUUUUUUCUAUUUUGUUUGGUCAUACUAAGAAUGCCAACAUUAGAACACACCUAGUGCAGUCUUUGGAGUUGAGGUUUGUUUUCUCUUACAAGUUUUCAGAGUGUAACCAAAUGGAUGUACUCAGUCACAAUGUUCCCCACUCUACUUGCUAGCACUAUCGCUUGCUAGGUUUUAACAUUAUACUCAGUACGUGUGGGGUUGGUGACUGGGUACCUUUGUCUUUUUUUUAUUAAUAUUUUGUCAAGGUUUAACACAUGAAAAUCUGCAGUUAAAAGCCUUAUUCAAAGAUGAAGCAUAUGGCUGUUUUGUGUCAUUUAAACUGAAACUGAAUUGCUUUACCAGUACAGUGGUAUCUUUUUUGAUGGCCUUUUUUAUAUUUUUAUACACUGCUGAGCAAUUACCAAUAGAUGAUCUGAAGUGUCAAGACGCACAUUACUUUAUUUGAACCAUUACAUGAAAAGGUGCCAGUAAUGUAGUCUCACACAUGCACACUUGCACAUCCAUGCUUCAGAGUUUGUGCUAAUAAAUAUUUGUUACUGCAAUUUUACUAAUUAUUCAUUUGAAAUGCUCUUUUUGGAUGUUACGAUGUUUUUUUUUUUUCCCUUCUGGCUCUGUAUUGUUUUUGUUUUUUUUGUUUAGAGCAAAUUGAGGUGAAUUGCUGUGUCACAUUUGUUACAAGUUGAUAUUUCUUAAUAAACUUUCAACCCACAUGA